AUGCCUGUCUUUCAAGAAACUUCCAGCUCGGCGAGGGAUCUUAGGAUCUUGCCUUCGCGGGCCCUUCCACUGCCUCGACUUUCUGAAAAGCCGGAUUGUACGAAUACGUCUGAGGAGCAGCGUGAAGUUGUUGUCAUAGGCGCUGGACCAAGCGGGCUUUUCCUUACUCUCCUUCUGGCAAGAUAUGGCCUUGGAGAUUCCUCGCUUCUGUGCUUGGACUCCAAGCCGGGCACACUCAAGGCAGGUCAAGCAGACGGCCUACAACCACGAACUCUCGAGGUCUUCCAAAGCCUGGGGAUAGCAAGCGAACUCAUUGGCGAGGGAUGUCACAUGGAAGAAGUCGCUUUCUGGAAUCCUUCGAGCAACGGCAAAGGCAUCGAAAGAACAAGCUUCACACCUGAUGUCAACGUCCCAGCUCGCUUCCCAUUCGAAGUCACCAUCCACCAAGGCCGCAUUGAACGCAUCCUCGAGGAAAAUCUCCAUCUUUACACAGGCAAAGAAACAAUCCGACGAUCACAUCAUUUCUUAGAGUACAUAGUCGACGAGACCAAUCCCGAGUUUCCCAUCGUGGUCAAGUAUGAACAUGACCUACCCGAUGGAUCAACAAAACAGAAGACUGUUCGAACAAAGUACUUGAUUGGCGCAGACGGCGCACGCUCCAAGGUGCGGAAAUGCAUGGGUCUUGAACUCGAAGGCGAAACAACUGAUCACAUCUGGGGUGUGUGCGAUUUCGUCGCUGAUACAAACUUUCCUGAUAUUCGAAACCGCUCUGCAGUUCAUUCAGAUGCAGGUUCUGUCAUGAUCAUCCCACGAGAGCAGAUCGCGACGGGCGAGUAUCUCACUCGACUAUACGUCCAAGUACCUGGCGAAGUUGAAGCGACUCAGGAUGCAGGUAUGGAUAAAAAGUCUGCUGAUAAAAAGAGACGAGGCGCUGUUACUCUUGAUUACAUCUUUGAACAAGCGCGAGCUGUGUUUGCGCCUUAUGAGAUUAAGAUCAAGGAGGGGACAGAGCCGGAUUGGUGGGCUGCGUACCAAAUUGGGCAGCGCAUGGCACCCAACUUUUCUGCCAAGACCUUUGAUGGUCUGGAUAGAGUGUUUAUUGUUGGAGAUGCCUGCCACACACAUAGUCCCAAGGCCGGACAAGGAAUGAAUGUGUCAAUGAUGGAUUCCUUCAACCUGGCGUGGAAGCUUGUACACAGUCUCCACGGACUGACCCCUACGAGCCCAGACUCAGCAGAUCCUAUCCUCGAGACAUUCUCACCCGAAAGAAUGGAUGUAGCUCGGCAGCUCAUCGAAUUUGACACAAAGUUCUCGCACAUGUUCUCCGGUCGCAUCGGCUCAGCAGACGCCGAGACAUCUGGUUUGACCCAUGAAGAGUUCCUUCGCGUGUUUAGUGAAGGUAGUGGUUUCACCAGCGGUUGUGGUCUUCAAUACAAGCCUGGAAGAAUCGUGCAAGCCAUGGAUGAAGAGGCGCAAAAAGGUCUUUUCCGAGGAGAUCCUCUAUCGGGCGCGUUAACUCCGGGAAGGCGACUUCUUGAUGUCGAAUUGAAGCGCUAUGCAGACGCGACGCACCGACAUCUUCAAGAUGAAAUGCCACCUACUGGUCGUUACUACCUACUUGUCUUUGCAAGCAACGACUUGCUGGAUAAAUCGGGCACAUCCCAGUCAGCCUUACAAUCAGCGAUCGACAUCAUCAGCAAGUUCCCUCAAGGAACCAUCAACCUUGUUGUCAUCCACCCAUUGACAACGCGCUUCGAAUGGACCGAUAUUCCCGCGGGAGUUAAGAAGCUUGCUGAGAUGCGAAUAUAUGGAUUGGCUAGAAAGGAGGACGCAUAUGAGACACUUGGGGUGUCCAAGGAUGAUGGAGUUAUUGCUGUUGUCAGGCCUGAUGGUUAUGUUGGAAUGAUGGCGCCUUUGGCAGGAGCGGAGUCAGUUGGGAAGCAUCUUCGUGGAUGCUUGACUGCAGUUUAA